AUGGACGUACAGGAAGCGGCGCCCAAUAAUGGGACGAGUAAUGCCAUUGCGGUAGUUGGAAUGGCCUGUCGCUUUCCUGGUGCUGCUACUGAUAUUGAGAGCUUUUGGGAAAUGCUUCGCAACGGCAAAGACGCCUGGUCCGAGAUACCCGAGGAUCGUUUCAAUACAAAGGGCUGGUAUCAUCCAGACCCCAACCGUCCAGGCAGUUUUCACAUCCGUGGUGCCCACUUCUUGAAAGAAGAUAUCGCAGCGUUUGAUGCUCCAUUUUUCUCCAUUUCGACGGCUGAAGCAAUUUCUAUGGACCCACAGCAGCGAAUCUUGCUCGAAGUUGUUUACGAAGCUUUGGAUAGCGAUUAUGAACAGCCAUGUAUGCGAGACCCUGACACCACCCCUCCAUACGCUGCCACUGGCAAUGGCGUCGCCAUACUUGCCAACAGGAUCUCUCACGUUUUUGAUUUCUCUGGCACGAGCCAAACCAUCGAUACAGGCUGCUCUGCCAGUCUGAUUGCGGUUCAUCAGGCCUGCAAGAGCUUGCUUGGCGGAGAAUCUUCUUUGGCCAUUGCUGCUGGAGUUGGACUAAUUUUCUCGCCAAACACUCUUGUGCCCAUGGCUAAUCUCAAUAUCCUCAGUCCUGAUGGGCGAUGCUUCACGUUCGAUGAGAGGGCUAAUGGCUACGGCCGCGGCGAAGGAGUGGGUGUCGUUAUAUUGAAGCGUCUCGAGGAUGCCAUUGCUGCCAACGAUACUAUCAGGGCUAUCAUUCGUGCCACUGCCAGCAACCAGGAUGGACACACACAAGGUGAUAUCAAAGAGGCCCAGGCCGUUUCCGAGGUGUUUUGUCAACAACGUACGUCGGACAGACCUCUCAUCAUAGGAUCUGUCAAGCCCAAUAUCGGCCACCUUGAGGGCAGUGCCGGUGUGGCUGGAAUAAUCAAAGGAAUCCUUGUUGCUGAGCGAGGGUACAUUCCUAAACACCUCAACUUUACCUCGCCCAAUCCUAACAUCGACUUCAACAACAUGAAACUUCAGAUUGCUUCGCAACUCAGUCCUUGGCCAGUUGAUGGACUCCGCCGAGUCAGUGUCAACUCGUUUGGCUUUGGCGGUACAAAUGCUCACGUUGUCCUGGAUGACGUUCCGCACUUCCUUGCUGAGAAUGAUAUUGCUGGCGGUCAGCACAAUACCUUCAUCUACCCUAGCGACAAGUUUCCCUUCUCGCUCUGGGACGAGCUUCAUCGCGACAAAGACACAUCUCGUAUCGACGAGCCGCAAAUCGCGCAACCCGCAACAACAGCGAUCCAAGUUGCGCUGGUUGAUCUUCUCAUUGCAAGUGGCAUACAACCAGCUGCUGUAGUUGGCCACUCUUCGGGUGAGAUUGCUGCCGCAUACGCCCUCGGUGCAAUCCACCGAGAAGAUGCGUGGAAAAUCGCCUAUUAUCGUGGCCAAUGUGUCCGCAAUAUUUCCACGCUGGCCCCGGAUGUACAUGGCCGUAUGUUGGCUGCUGAACUGUCGGAGGACGAUGCACGUCGCAUGGUGUCCGACGCUGGCACUCAAUCGGUUUGUAUUGCUUGUAUCAACGGUCCCGCGUCUGCUACGCUUUCAGGUGAUGCUGAGGAAAUAUCCCAUCUCUACACCUGCUUCCAAAAAAAAGGAAUACGGACCGUCAUGGUCAAUGUGGAUGUCGCCUACCACUCUCCACACAUGCAUAUCGUUGAAAGUAUCUAUCUCAACGCUAUUAAGGACGUCACUCCUUUGCAACAGAAGUCUAACGGUGUGUUCUUUUCGUCGGUCUAUGGCCGAAGAAUCUUAGCCAGCGACCUAGGGGCAGAGUACUGGGUGAAAAACAUGGUCCUUCCCGUCCAGUUUUUCAAAGCUGUGACUGAGGUCAUGAGUCAAAUGAGUCCUGCUGUAUUCCUUGAGGUUAGCCCUCACAGGGUAUGGAAGUCCACGCUCCGGCAGAUCCACAGCUCGGCUACUGCAUCGGGAACCAGUCCCGUGUAUCUAUCCCUCUUAAGCAGAGAGAGCGAUGCAUGUGAUACAGCCCUGGAUGCAUUAGGCGGGCUGUGGGCUCAAGGCUUGUCGUUCAAACUGGAAUGGGCAUCAUCAAGCUAUGGGGAGAAGCCACGGCAUCUUGCUGAUACUCCAUCGUAUCCAUGGGACCACUCAAGGCGGUACUGGCAUGAAUCCCACCUAUCUAAAGCAAACCGCUUUCGCUCGCACGGCCGGGAAGACAUUAUUGGAGCACCGCUAGAAAACUCAACACCCCAGGCUCCUAGUUGGCGAGGUUUUUUCCGUGUCCAGGAGAACCCUUGGUUGGAAGACCACGUCAUCCAGAAGUCGAUUUUCUAUCCUGCUGGAGGCAUGGUGGCAAUGGCUAUCGAAGCAGCGAAACAACUAUCUGAGUCCAGUCGCACACUGAAGGGCUUUGAAGUCAAGGAGAUCUCUAUCAUCAAGCCUAUGCUCAUUCCAAGAUCGCCUCAAGGUCUCGAGAACAUGUUCAGCGCCAGACUUCUCGACAAAGACGAUGCGCUCUCUAGCAAGAAUUUAACAUGCUACGAAUUCAGCAUUCUGUCAAAGCCAGAAGACAGUCUGUGGAUUGUGCAUGCCAAAGGCCGCGUUUCGAUCGUGUACGGUGAAGAGUGUCCCGACCCAGACGACUACAUCGAUCCAGGGCAGACCACCAAAGUACAGCGACAAGCGUUCUAUCGUGCUCGAGAAGCCUGCGAUAUCGAACACAGUCCCCGACAGUUUUACGAAGACCUGGACGUUAUUGGCAUGACAUAUGGCCCACAGUUUCGCAAUCUCACUGAGAUCCGCACAGACAAUACUGCUGCGUAUACGGUGAUUGAGAUUCCCGAUACUAAAGCAUGCAUGCCAUUUCAGUUUGAGUUCGAUCAUGUCAUUCAUCCGACUACUCUGGACACCAUGAUUCAAACCGUCCUUGUCCUCAGUGAUGGUGUUGGAGAGGCUAUGCUUCCUUGCUCGAUUGGUCGCAUUUACGUCUCUGCAAGCCUCCCCAAGGGAGCCGGUUCUCAGUUCAGAGGAUAUACCACUGCCCACAAGACUCACAUGCACACAGCCCGUGCAGAUAUCAGCAUGUUCGACUACCAGCUUUGUGCGCCCGUUGUAACGAUUGAAAACCUCAUGCUGAAGUCUGUGCCGAGUUCCGGGAACGACGGAUUCUUACCAUCUCACAGAAACCUGUGCUCCGAGAUUGUGUGGAAGAUGGAUAUUGGCGCCAACUGCUCUUUGGGAAUUGAUCUCCCCGAAAGUUUUCAGGACAUGAUCGAUGCUGCUUCGCACAAGAAUCCAGCUUUGUCUAUAUUAUGCCAUGUGCAUCCUCUCUAUGAGUCUGUUGAAGCUCCGCCAAGCUUUGCAAAACAGCACGUCGCAGCGUCUUACUUCAGCGGCUUGAUCUUCGACGUCCUGACUGUUGGCCAUGAGACUCCUCGCUUCUCGCAAUUGGUGAUAUCGGGCUCCGAGCUGCUUUGGCGGCAGCUGUGCGAGAGCAAGAGGUCCUACCCUGGAGUUGAGCGCGUUCACUCAUCCGAGAUGCCAUCCGCAAAUUCCCAGUUCGAUGUCGUCGUUGUCUCUGUUGGCGUUGCAGGUCCCCGCGACAUCGACUCGCAGCUUUUCAGGUGUGUUGCACCAGAUGGCUGGAUAAUCGUUGUCCCAGAAGAAACUGGCAUCUUUUCCACCGAACAACGCACUGAGCUCGCAAACGCAGUUCAUGCAGCCGGGUUCCAGGGCAGCAAAGCACAAAACGACACUUUCCGGUUCUUUGCAGCUCAGAAAAAUUCAACGACUGCCUCUCAAACCACGAGCGAGAAUACAAUAUUACUUGUCCUUCCUGACCAGAUGUCAGAACUCACUAAGGCCCUGAGGGAUACGAUACGUCCUAUCAUCAAAAACAGUUUGUCCUUGGAGAUCUUGGAGGUGCCCUUUUCGACGAUCUCUUCCCUUUCGAACGAGGAGCUGGCUUUUUCUUGCAUGUGCCUUGUCGAGCUCGACGCAUCCACCAUAUUUUGCAUGAGGGAGGAUGAGUAUGAAUCGAUUCGCCGUUUAUUGAUGGUGACGAAGGGGUUGUUGUGGCUCACACGCGGCGCUCAGCUGGGAGCCAAAGAUCCUUCGCGAUCUCCAUUUCUUGGACUGGCGAGAGCGAUUCGGUCCGAGGAUGCGAAAAAGAACAUCAUAUCCCUUGACAUUGACGUUCAGCCCGCCGAGAAUCGGAUACACAAUAUGGAGCAGCUCGCGGAAAAAACUGUUCUCCUUCUCAAGCGUGCUUGUUCUGACCUUCCUCCAGAACCAUUUGUUGAGGAUGUUGAGUUUGUCUUCUCUGAAGGUCACCUCAUGAUUCCUCGGCUUAUGCCUUUACCAACUUUAAAUCGCCUCAUCGAGCAUGGCCCUACCAUGCCUCAAUCGGUUGCCCGAAUCCCGCUCACACUUAAGGACAAGGCCCUGAAGCUCGACAAUACCUCAGUUGAAAAACCAAGUGGCCUCCUAUUUGUCGAAGACCAAGAGGGACUGCACCGGCCGCUGCACCCGGAUGAAGUCCGUAUUGCUGUUGUGGGCACGAACUUGCUGCCGGAGGACAUCGCACUCGCCUCGUUGGGAGCCCCGAACGCCAAGGUUGGCACAGAUGCAUUUGGCCACGUCGUAGAGGUUGGAAUCAACGUGAAAGACGUUUGGCCAUACUGCCGAGUUGUUGCAAGGAUGCGCGACACGAUCAAAACCCACGUCAUCGCCCACAAGUCGCGAGUUCGUCGAAUUCUGCACCAAGGUGAAUGGCCAGGCAGUUGUCCAACGGCAUUCGCAACAGCUUUAUAUGCACUGAGGACACGCCGGCGGUCACUCGAAGGAGAAGUAGUCCUCGUUUAUGGCGCUUCUUCGGCUUAUGGACAGGCUGCGAUUUGGAUUGCUUUGGCACUUGGAAACAAAGUUCUGGUAGCCUGCAAGUCCUCGAUGGAAAGGAAACUCAUGCUAGAGAGCUUCAAGCUUCCAGCAAGCCACGUUAUAGAUGCGCAGUGCUCGGAUGUCGAGUUCGAAUUACGGAUUCUGUCGGCCACUUUCAAUCGAGGGGUGGACGUCGUCUUCGACCCAACCUCAAAGUUUAUCGAACAGGCAUUUUGUUGCGCUUCCGAGGGUGGCUGUGUCAUACGGGUAGCUUGGGCAGGUUGCGACGGAUCUGCAGUGCGGCUUCCUCUCAAGAACGUGAGCCUCGAGACUGUUGAUCUUGGACUUCUUGAGGCUCGCAAUCCCCUCGAAGUAGAGAGACUUUUCUUUGAAGUUGACCAGAUCCUCCAGCUUGCCCCUAAGUUGGGUGCCAUCAAUGGAACCUUGGAAUACAGAAUGAGCCAAGUCCAAGACGCCUUGAAAGCAGCGACGGCCGACCCAUUCGCAGGCUCCUACGUCGUCACCACCCACUCCGACAGCAUUCAUCCCAAUACUGUGAACAUACCAGUACCAUUGACUCAAACACCAAGACUGUCUCAAUCCUCGACUUACCUCCUCAUUGGGGGUCUCGGUGGUUUGGGCCGAGCCAUCGCCGAACACCUGGUCACGAAUGGCGCGAGGUGCAUUGCAUUUUUUUCCAGAUCAGGAGGCAGUGCUCCGCCUGCACAAGCUUUCAUUGCCAAGCUGAACGCGAAAGGGGUCUACGCUCGUGCCUUUGCGGUGGACAUAUGCAAUGAAGCGCAACUGGGAACGGCUAUCAGAGAACUGUAUGGCUCUAUGCCGCCGAUCCAAGGAGCAAUUCAAUGUGCUGCUGUUGUGACCGACGCGGCGUUUCCCAACAUGGAUUAUGGAUGCUGGAAGCAGUGUUUUGGCCCAAAGACUAUAGGCUCUUACAACCUGCAUCAGCUGCUGCCUCGCGCCAUGGACUUCUUUGUUUUCUUGUCUAGCUUGUCUGGCAUUAUUGGAAACCGAGGACAGGCGAACUAUGCGGCAGGAAAUAGCUUUCAGGAUGCUCUUGCCCGCCAUCGCAGCUCUCAGGGAAUGCACAGCGUAUCCCUGGAUCUUGGUCUCGUUUUGGGAGCUGGCAUGGUGGCUGAGGAUGAGUCCCUCCUCGAUGCCAUGCGAGCCCGAGGGUUUCUAGGCACCAGACUGCAGGACGUUCUCUUCAUACUCGACCGGGCAAUGGCUAGACCCGGAACCGAGAAUAUUGAUAUCCCUCCACAGAUCGUCACUUCUGUGGGCACUGGGGGUCUCACUAUCCAGAACCAGCCAUCUGACCCGUUUUGGACGCGCGCCGCGUUGUUCCGCUACCUCAAUCAAGUUGACGCGCCGCCUCGUGGAUUCAAUAAAAUAACGGGCGGUAGCAGUCACAGCGGGGGCAGCGAGAAUCUGCGUACGGCGAUCCAAAGAACGGCUUCAAUGGAGGACGCAGCAUAUCUAAUAUGCACAGCUCUUAUUGCAAGCCUGGCCCGGCGCAAAAGUAUGGUUCCUUCCGACUUUGAUCCUCUCCAGUCUCUGGACAGCUAUGGCAUCGACUCGCUCGACUCUUUGUUCAUCCUAGGAUGGAUUUCUCGUGAGACCGGCGUUACAAUGCAGACAGUGGACGGUUUGACAAUUACCCAACUCAGCCAAGCUGUGGCUCAGCGAAGUUUCGAAGCCCUUGAACAGGACGCCGUCAGAGGUUAA